AUUACGAGGCGCCAACUACAACAAAUACUGUACAAGGAGUUGUCCGACUGCGUGUCGUUUUUACGUCUUUCAUUGAUAUUCCAGCAUUAGUGCGGAAAUUAAUGGUGGGCAGAAAUGUCUGGAAAGGCAAAGGAUAUUCUGCAGCUGGACCUUUAUGGUUUGCUUGGAAUUGAAAACACUGCUACGACGAAGGAGAUCAAAAAAGCCUAUCGACAGAAAGCUUUGAAAUGCCAUCCAGACAAGAACCCCGACAACCCAAAAGCAGCGGAGCUCUUCCACCAGUUGUCUCAGGCUCUGGAGGUGCUGACCGACGCUGCCGCCAAGGCCGCCUAUGACAAGGUUCGCGCUGCCAAAAAACAAGCGGAAGAACGAAACCGCAAACUUGAUGACAAGAGAAAGAAGAUUAAGCUCGACCUUGAGGCAAGAGAGCGACAAGCAGAAGCAGAGAAGGAGAAGAAUGAAAUCCAAAUCACAAGAACACUUGAAGAAGAGAUUAUUCGUUUGAGGGAGGAGGGAUCCAGACAGCUUGAGGAAGAACAGAGGCUCAUCAGAGAGCAGAUCCAAAGAGAACGAGAAGAACAGCAGAACACGGGAGACUACAGUCACAGAAACUCUGGAGGGGGAAGAUGUUCCAGGAGCAGCGUCACCCCCAAAUUGAAGUUGAAGUGGAAGUGUAAAAAUGACGACGACACAAACGGUGGCUACUGCCAAGAGUUCAUUCUUAAACUCCUACAAAAGUAUGGAGACGUUUCGAAUGUGAUAAUGUCAGGCAAGAAGAAAGGAAGCGCUCUUGUUGAAUUUGCAACUGUGAGGGCAGCUGAGCUGGCAGUAAUGUAUGAAAGAGGCCUGAGUGAAAAUCCAUUGAAGAUUUUGUGGCUUGAAGGCCAGCCAGAAGUUGACCCUCCAUCUCAGUUCAUGUCGAAAAAGGGCUCCCUGGCCAAUGAACGCGACUACGAGAGCAUGGUGAUGAUGAAGAUGAGACAGGCAGCUGAGCGACAGCGGCUCAUUGAGCAAAUGCAAAAGGAGGACGAUGAAGAAGGAGCCGCGUCCUAGCAUCAGAGGACCAGGCUCGGCACCGGCCCGCAGCCGAUAAACGGAACACCUGUUUUAAGGUUGAAAUUUUCAUUGUUGUUUUUGUGUCGAAUCAGGCAAAUCAAUCUAGAAAGACCACCGAAAGUCUCUCAUUUUAAUUGGUAUGCUAGUGAAGCGAGGGCGCUGGUAGGAUUCAGAGUUAAGUCAUGUGAUCUCAGAGAUAACGGGAAGCAGGUAUGGAUUGUGCUGCCUGAAGUUUUAGGUGACUGAACGGGAUGGAUGCCUUGAUAACCGUGUUUGCAGAUGGCGGAGCACGGCGUUUCAGUCGCUUUCAGGCACAACCAACAAUCCUAAUUGGCUGAAUGGCCGGAAGUGCUUUCUUCUGCAAGCUUCUUAUCUUUCCCCCCCGAUGUAGAAAAAAUUGGAAUUAAAAAAAGAGCAAUAAUGUAUUCACAUGGAUCGUUGUUAAGGUCCUGAAUAUGAAAGGCAUUUGAUAAGUCAUUUCAUGACCAUUAAAUCUUGUUGCAAUCGAGUCAAAAUGAGACAACUCUUCAACGUAGCCAAAAUCCUUGCGCUGCGUUAUGCUCAUAUACUUUGUCCUGUAACUCAGUGAAAACCGCUGAGACGUGUAGCGAUCCAAACCACAGUCCGUGACUAUGUAGAAGUCCCCCUCACCCGUCCCCCCCCACCCACGAACCAACCCUCAAGUUAACGCUGGAAUGUGAUGGGUAGAACUUCAGAAAACCGUCAUGGCCUUUUGUUUCACACGCAAACAGACUGUCCAUCUUUGCUCUACUUGAUUAUUGAUGUCUUCAAAACGUGACUUUAUUUUGAGGUGGGGGGGGGCUGUAUUGGAAACACGAUGCUGUUUAUUUGACUUGGGUUUUCUUUCUUUUUCUGAAGGAGGACAUGACCAGAUGUAUGCACUUGUUUGUUGCGGUAACCCAGGCAACAUCUUCAUUUCAACCUUAAAAUUCAAGGCACUUCUCCUACCUUUGCUGUGUUGCAUCCCUGAAUAAUUCCACAAUAAAUACUUUGUCCGGACUACAUUCCAAUACGCCCCAUCCAAAGCUGAGUAACAGAUAUUAUCACUUUAGAGUUGAUAUAACAGGUUAGACAAUUCCAGUAUAAAGGUUGAUUUACAGCAGUCGGUUACUGACUAACAAUAGCUGCACCUGCAGAUAGGGACUGCAUCUAACAGUGAACAUUUUAUAGAACAAAAGUGAAUUAUGUUUUUUUUUUCCAACUAUGGUGCAAUACACAGAUUACAACCACAAUAAGACAAAUCCAUCAAUCAAAACUUUCUGUCGUAGCUAAGUGCAACUCAAGAAGUUGUCCGUAGUCAUAUGUUGUAUCUGGCGGUGUAUUGUUUUCAGUUGGUUGCCAUGACAACUAGAAUCUGUCAUAUUUUAGUAUAUUAUAUUAUGAAUGUGUAUUUGUUUGCAUAUAAGCCUUGAUAUCUUGGUUUUUCUUUUAAAUGUUUUUGUGAAAUAUUUUUCUGAAAGAUCACUUCCGGUUUGGGGUCACGUAUGCCGGAUGGCGCGAAGGAACCAGAGAGACGGAGCGCGAGGGAGACUGGAAAUGACAUUGUCUGCGUCAAUAUAUUUUCAAUUUAUCUAAUGUCGGAUUUCAAGGUGCACACGCUAUGCUAUCUUUGUUUAUUCAUUCAAUGUGUCAAACAGAUUAUUCUAAUGUUGAUUGUUAAUGUCUGGAAUGUCUUUUUAGUUUUCACGUUGUCCCUUAAUGGAAGCUAAGUAAAGCGAUUGUGAACAUCA